AGUAGUUGGAGAAUGAUGAUGACAUCAAUGGGAAGUUCCUAGCUCCUCUGGAUAAAAGAAAAGUUCGCACUCCAUCUCUAUUGUGCUUAUUUUUCUGACGGUACCCAAACAUCAUGGUAUCGCUUCUGCUGGUCGAUUGAAUUUUGGUUGUGAUUAGUGAUUGUUCCCGUUUCGCUGAAAUUUCAAGCACGACCCCACGGUGAUUGACAACGCGAAGUGAGAGAAGUACUUCCUGCUGAGAAGGCCCUCCUAUAAAAGGAAAAUCGAAAUUACGUUGUAGCUUUUCUUCGUGAAAAGUAAGGUAACUUCAAGCCAAGGGAAAAGCAAAGGAACAAUAAAUAGAAAUACUGGUGCGCGUUUGUUGACUGAACUCCAAUCGAUAAUCACGGGAAGGUUAUCGUAUUUUUGUUUGGACCGAGCGCUCCACCCAAUGUUUCUUGGGAGGUUGCAAUCGAUCAUCGAUUCAUCAUCAUCGCCAUCCCGUUAGCGCAGGAAGGAGAGCCAACUGCACAGAGCAGGGAAAAAUUGGAUCAUACAGUGAGUGAAAGUACAUAUAGUGUGGCGCUUUUCUAUCGAGCCGUGUGAGUUAUAUUUUUGCACCAGCCGUAAAAGUAUGUUGUGAAAAGUCGUACCCAAAGUGCUGUGAACCAACAGCAGCAGGAGUGAAAAACGCACACCAACAUAGAAAAUAACAUUAGACGGAGGGAGAACCACCGCCGAGGAACUUGAUGUUGACAUCUAGAAGUGGAUCGCCACUUCCCUUCUGUGGUUGUUGCGCGUGACCAAUGAAGAGAUAUCGUAUCGACUCGAUAGUGUAGCAUUGAAGUGAUGAUAGAGCUAUAUCUCGGUGUUGUUGUUUUCUGAUAUCAGCAUUUCGAAACCUGUGAAAGCUUAGCUAGUGCGCUAGCAUAACACCGUAUAUAUAAACAAAAUAAAAAGUCCGAUAGAAACGUGAAACGUCUGGCUGUUGGAGAGCUUUGUGAGUGUGUGGAGGACAGACGACUUUACCAACACAGUCAGCUCUUGUACCAUCAGCGUUUAUCGAGCCGCAGUGAGCCGCAGCGUUGUUGGUACCGUAUCAAAUAAUACUGCCAUUAUUAUUAUUAUUACAAGGAAAAGCGGUGAGAGCCGUCGUUCUACGCGCCGCCGGCAGUCUUCUGGUCGACUAGAAGCAGACGACGAUUCAAAACGAAAGUGAAUGUGAACGUGAGAAGAUCGAUUCUUGAACCGUGAAACGAUUAUUUACUACCAAUUGUGAUAGAUUGGAUUUAGUGUGUGAGCGAACCUAGUUCCGGAUCAAAACGAACGUGUAGUGAUGAUUAAAGUUACCAAAGCAACCGGGGCGUACGCGGCCCUGGUUUCCGUCAUAUCUGGGACCAUUGUAUGGUUCAACUUUCGACCGUUGGGAAUAUUUUUCUUCUCCGGAUUGGUGGUGUUUUGGUGCCGACAGUACGCCAAUCUCCGCCUGCAGAUGACCCCGCUGGUGGAGGACAAGCUCCGGAACCUGGGCCACCGGGCGCUCCAGAUGCGAAACGAGAAGCCCGGUCUGUUCUGUGCGCUCAUAUCGGGCUUCCUGAUUGUGUUGGCCAUCGUCGGUCACGUGGUUUCCGGAGCGUACAUCGUCGUCGCGCUGCUGGUGCUGUCCAUCGUGAUUUCCACCAAGUAUGACAUCAAAAUCGUUGCCGAUCGUGACCAAACUUCAACCCCACUGACGGCAAGUUUCCUGGAUCAAGAGGUGGAAGAUUUCCUCCCGGAAAUCAACGAAGCCAGCGCAUCGCUGCUGCAGCAGGUCGGCGAAGAAGCGGACAUCAGCGCGGUCUACAAGACGGACAGUACCAUCAGCGAGCGCGGUGGAGGCGGCAAAGACGACGAGGACGAUGACGACGAUACCUACUCGGAUCUGCUGAUUCCCCAGAACAGUAUUAAGGAAUUGGAAGAGGAAGACGAAGAGCAAUCCAAUGCGUCCAGCAGCGACGAAUUGUUGCUCGGCAGUAGUGGACCAGCCGCCCACUCGGCCGCCGAUGCUUCCACCGGGGAGAUUAAGUUUAAGAGCGGCCACUUCAAUGCCAACACUUCCUCCGAUUCGGACGAUAGCAUUUCCCGGGGGUUGAGCUUUGACGAUGUACCCGACAGGGGUAGUAGCAGUAGGAAGAGAGGGCAUCACCAGCAACAGUAUCAACAACUAGAACAGCGGCCUAUGCUGCAACAGCAGCAGCAGCAGCAGCAGCAGCAAGAUCAGCUAGCCAGUUUAGCCGGGAAUCUACUGACGAGUGGGGUGCUGAGCUAUCUUACCUCUGCCAUGGCUGCCAGCGCUUCCGCCGCAAUGAGUCAGUCGCAUCCGGCUCCGAGCAACAGUGCCCACGCCAGUAGGCACAACCGCAUGACAGUGUCCUCCUCGGGUGACCGACGGACGUACGGAGCAGCGGUGGCCGAGGGUGAUUCGACCGACGAGGACGGCGACAGCGACUUUGAAAUGCUGAACCCGGACGAGCUGAACAAUGUUUAAAAGGACGCGGAUCUGCCGGACAACUUUUCUGGAGCAUCAGCAGGUAUUUUCUAUGUGGAACUUUUUUCAGUAACUGUUCGUGCAACGGUGAGUCCAUUUGGAGGGAGUGAUAUUGGUGUGGAUUUGAGGCGAUUUUUCGAAUUUUUCUGAUCAUUGAUUUGUUAGAAGAUACCACUUUGUAACUUUUUUCCUUUGAUUUUCAACAUUCAUUUUUGAAAAGCUUCUCUUGACGUUUCGAAAGCAAAAUUAUGAAGCGAUCAUUAUUAUUUCUACGUUAUUGACUUUUAUUUGGAUAUUUCUCAUCAAUAUUUUUUCUGAGUUAAUUACAAAACAUACAAUUAUUUUGUUAUAAAUUAAAAGAAUCUAUCUUAUCUAAAACCAUCUUGAAUUUCGCCAAUAUGACUACCCAAACAAUAAAUCAAUUAGAGACCCACUGUCCCGGAAAGGAUCACUCCUCUUGUCUUGUAAAUAGUUGUACAUGUCUCCCCCCUAAAACUGCUUAUUCCAUUGCCUUCCCCCGAUUUUAUCCCCAAACUCUAUUAAUCGAAAACUAAGACACAAACGACGGAAUUAGUCUACAAAAGUGGCAAUCCCAUUUUUUUCGCAAACCGCGAAGCGCGAACAAAAUUACUAACUCGGAGCAUUUUUUAGUUAGUUGUCUUCAUGCAACCGGUAGUACGGUUACCAACAUAAAUCCCGAAUAGACAUCCCACCCACCCCACCUCUGGUAGAGCAGAGAGCAUCCAUGCGAAAUAAAAGCACACACCUUAGAUACACACAGAACAAACAAACAGUAACGAGAGCUAGUCCAAAGAGUUUUAGAUUUUAACGGAUUCAACCACCCGGAAACGAUGAUUUAUUCAACAAAACUGCAAGCAAUGCUUUGAAUGCUCUAAAAUUAGAAACUUGUUAGAGGCGGAAAAUGUUGGACAAACAUUUUCCCGAAAAGAGAAAAAAAACAAAAACCAAAAUCUAACCCAUCCCGCGCGUUUGACGAAGGUGCGAACCCGUUUUUCAAUCGCGUACCUACCCCCCUUUGAAUGACGUGUGUUACGUCCCAGGAAAAACAGACGAAGACAAAAAAAGAAGUUUGGGCCAAUCGGAAUGCUGUUCGGCUGUGGGGUUUCCUCCGGCCGGAACCGCACGCCGAUCUGAAUGAUGAAGAAGAGAAAAAUGUGAUUGAGAACGAAACAACUUAAAAAAAUAUUUAUUAAUACUACUAUGUGUGAUAUGAUUUACUAUACUCUACAUGCAUAUGAUUAUACUAUACCCGUAACGACUAUUGUGACGUAAAUGAAUAUAAAUUGCUAUUCAUGAUGAA